AUGUUUAUACCACCCAAAAGGGAUAAAGUUGGAAGGAGGUAUGGGUUUGUUCGUUACUUCAAUAUAGCAGAUGAAAGAUUGAUGGCAACAAAGUUGGACAACGUUAUCCUCGACGGAAGAAAUAUUUUUGCUAACAUUCCAAGAUUUCAAAGGAGUGCAAGGGAUCUUACGGUGUCUGGUUCUUUGAAUAAGGAGAGAUCAAAUAAUUUCGGUUAUAUUCCUAGGCAGGGAUAUGAUGUAGAAGAAAUUAAAUGCUUAGAAAAAGUUGUCGUUGGAAUAAUGAAGAUUUCGGGUAUGGCAUUUAAUAUGAAGCAAAUAUUUCACGAUGAAGGUAUCUUCACGAUUAGAGGGAUACCAUUGGGAGAAAAUCUGUGUAUGCUGGAGGAUUUGGUUGAAGGAGAUGUGGCGAAUUUCAUCAAGGAACGUAAGAAGUGGUGGGAGCAAUGGUUUAAGAUGUUUGGACAAUGGAGACUUAUAGAUGUUGAUGAUGAGAGGAUCGCUUAG